ACUGGGCUCUAAUUAGCCAGAAUCACCUUUCCAGCCUGGGCAACCAAAACAAAACAUGGGUUGCUUCAUACACCUCCACAAGCCCCUUAAAAAUGCAUCUCCAGCUGAAGCAGCUGCAUCUCACGCUCUGAUUUUUCAUCUUUUAUUGCCCUCAUCAACUGCUAUUGUUUAAAGCGGCGCUGAGACUCCUUUGUGCCCGUAUAAACCCUCCAAGUUUAGCUGCAGAUCCAGGGAUGAAACUCAAAGGGGAAAGCCUGAGAGCCUGUGUCUGUGCUGAGAUGAUAAACCCACGUCCUGGAGCAAACGGGCAGUGGGAUGCAGCCAGAAAUAUCCACCAGCAGAAGCAUUGGGCUGCAGCACAGCACAGAGAGUGGAAGCAGCACCAAUAAAACACUCCAAGUGGGAGAGCUGUCAGCGUUUCUCCUGGCAGUGCAUUGCACAAAUAGGAGCAGAGCACCCGAUAAGGUGGCUCAGGGCACCAGGCAUUGCCUUGCUCCUCAGCCCCGCUGGCUGUUCCUCGUUGGUAAAAUGGAGGAUGUGUGCCAAGCGCUGCUCAAAAACCACUGUCAGAUGGAGGGAAUGUAGGUGAGGAGCUCGGGUGAUGCUGGCUGUAAUGCAACAGAUCGAGGGCUUGAGGCUGUGUGCACUUCAGCCCUGUGAGCAUGAGGAGCAGCCUGGUCCAUGCACGGCUGAAUGUGGCACAGCCACAAUUCUGUGCUGGAAGGGAAAUGAGCCCCGAGGAAUUGGGAAUUGGCCUCUGUCAUCCUCAAAGCCUAAUGAACCAACUCAUCCCCGUUUGUGGGAGGCUUUAGCGGGAUUGGAGACGAGCAGGGAGCUGGGGGGAGGGAUGGUGAGCGCUGUCCCCACAUGGGAUGUAGGAGCUGGUGGGGAGCUGAGCCACGCUGCUGUCCUUUGGCAGAGCUCAAUGCGAGGAUGUGAAGGUGGGGGCCCCGGCUGGGCUGGGGGCUGCGCACCCCAUUUGUCCCAGUUUUCCUAUUGGAUAGGAGAACAGCCACGUUGGUCCUCGUUCACCCGUAUGGACGAAGCGUCUGGCACGGACAACGAGAGGAGCGGGCUCUGGCCGUGCUGCACACUUCACCAUGUAAACCUGCCCAGCCUCGCAGAUGCCAGCUGUCAGUGCAGCCCUGGACCUGCAGAACGGUGUAUGGGAGAAUGGUAGAGAGCCCGUAAGACCAUGCUCUACACCAUGACAUGUUGGCUCCCGGUCCUGGUCCUCCACCUGGUCCUCCUGAGCCCACUGCAGGUGGCAGCCUGCCCUGCUCGCUGCGAGUGUGCCCCGCAGAUCAAGUCAGUGGUGUGUCACCGCAAGCGGCUCACUGCCAUCCCCGAGGGCAUCCCCACCGAGACCAAGAUCCUGGAGCUCAACAAGAACCGCAUCCGCUGCCUGAACCCAGGGGAUCUCUCCCCAUACCCCUUGUUGGAGGAGCUGGACUUCAGCGAGAACAUCAUCACCAAUGUGGAGCCAGGAGCCUUCAGCAACUUGUUCAACCUGCAGACUCUGAGGCUGAGGGGGAACCAGCUCAAGCUCAUCCCCCCGGGGGUCUUCACCAAGCUGACCAACCUCACCCUUCUGGACAUCAGCGAGAACAAACUCGUUAUCCUUUUGGACUACAUGUUCCAGGACCUAAGGAACCUGAAGAGCCUGGAGGUGGGUGAUAACGACCUGGUGUACAUCUCCCAACGCGCCUUCUCGGGGCUGCUCGGCCUGGAGCAACUGACCAUUGAGAAGUGCAACCUGACCUCCAUCUCAGCCGAAUCACUCUCCUACCUCCAGAACCUCGAGGUGCUGCGGCUCCGGCACCUCAGCAUCUCUGCACUGGAGGAGCAGAACUUCAAGAAGCUCUACAACCUCCUGCAGCUGGAAAUUGACAACUGGCCGCUGCUGGAAGACAUCUCACCCACCAGCUUCCAAGGUCUGAACCUCACCUCGCUCUCCAUCACCUACACCAACAUCACAGCCGUGCCCACUGCUGCCUUGAGGAACCUGGUGUACCUCCGCUACCUAAACCUGUCCUACAACCCCAUUAGCACUGUGCUGAAGGGCUCCUUUAAAGACCUCAUCCGGCUCCAGGAGCUGCAUAUCGUGGGUGCUCUCUUGGUGUCCGUGGAGCCGCAGGCUUUCUCUGGUCUGAGACAAAUCCGUCUGCUCAACCUCUCCAGCAACUUUCUCUCCACGUUGGAGGAGAGCACCUUCCACUCUGUGAACACACUGGAGACCCUGAGGGUGGACAGGAACCCCCUGGCCUGUGACUGCCGCCUCCUCUGGAUCCUACAGCGACGGAAGACGCUCAACUUUGAUGGCCAACAGCCCAUGUGCUCCACACCUCCCGAAAUCCAGGGAAACGCUCUUCGUGACUUCCCCGACUCCGUGCUCUUUGAGUACUUCACCUGCCAGAAACCCAAGAUCAGGGAUCGGAAGCUGCAGCACGUGACGGCCCGUGAAGGGCAGUCCGUGUCCUUCCUAUGCCGGGCGGAUGGGGAGCCGGAGCCCUCCAUCGUCUGGGUGUCCCCUCAGCACCGCAUGAUCACCACGCGCAGCAUGGGGAGAGCAACCGUACUGCCAGGGGGCACCCUGGAGAUCCGCUUUGCCCAAGUGCAGGACAGUGGUACCUAUAUCUGUAUUGCCAGCAAUGCAGGGGGCAACGACACCUAUUUUGCUACUCUGACGGUCAAGGGACACCCAAACGAUGGCUCCUCCAAUGCCAACCGGACUUUGUACCUCAAUGAGUUCAAUGACACCUACCACAACGACACGCAGGUCUUCUUGAAGUUCACGCUGGAUCUCAAGACCAUCCUGGUGUCCACGGCCAUGGGCUGCAUCACCUUCCUCGGUGUGGUCCUCUUUUGCUUCCUGCUCCUCUUCGUCUGGAGCCGGGGCCGAGGGCAGCACAAGAACAAUUUCUCAGUGGAGUAUUCCUUCCGGAAGGUGGAUGGACCCACCACCACCACAGGCCAAGGAGGAGCCAGGAAGUUCAACAUGAAGAUGAUCUGAGCCUCUCCAAAGGAGAACCAUUGGCUGCAGCCUGGCCCCAGGCACAGCUGUGGCACAAUGGGGCCAGGGGGGGGCAUGGGGGCAUCAAUGAUGUCUUGGGGCAUCAACAGGGCCAGCACCGCUGUCAGGGACCGAGGGCUGUUGGACUGGAUGAUCUUGGAGGUCUUUUCAGACCUUAAUGAUUCUGUGUUUAGAUAACCCAGCUGGCCCCAGCCCCUCCGUUACCCCACACAUGGCCCAAGGACCAUCCCAGCUCCCGAUGUAGCUGAUGUUUUUGCUACCAUCUAUGCAUUUCUCAAUGAGAUCAGCAGCGUUUCGGCCUGGGAAAACAAAAUGAAACAAAACAGAAAACAACAACUUUUCUUCCCCCUUUUUUCCCUUUCUGGUUUUUGUUCUGUUUUUAAGAGACUUAAGAAAACUUUGUCGGUGUUGUUUAUGGUUGUUCUCUU